AACAGUAUUCUCUUUCUUCAACCUUAAACAAAAAUCAUUCUUAAUAUUUUUAAUGCAUAAAUGGUUAAAUAAAAACAUUUUUCAUGUUUGUACAAAUAAUAAUAAUGUCCAUGUAUGACAUUUUCUCUUAUCAACGUAUUAUUUUUCUAAAAAUCAUCUUAUUAGUUCACUAUAUAUCCUAUUCUCAUAGUUCUUAUUUAAGCUUAAUUUCCCCUUAAUAUGCAAACAAUAUCAGUCAUAAUUUGGUCAAUAUUAAUCAUCUAUCUAGAUUUUCUAUUUAGAUACACCAUCCCAAUGUUUUCAUAUUUCAUGCAUUAUAAAAAUACUAUAUGUUUAUAUAUCUUAUGACAUCUACCGAUAACAUAUUCUCUGAUCAGUUUAUAUUUCACUUAUAUUUGUAAAAGCUAAUUUGUUAAAUCACUAGAUAUCUUAUUUUCAAAGUUCUUAUUUAAGCUUAAUUUCUCCUCAGUGUCUCCCAAACUGUAAUGGCUCUCCUGGCAGUUCUAUAGUCCAUUUUGUUAAAUCUUCUUUCUUAUCCUCAGAUUUAUUUUGAUGUUCUGAUGAAUAAAGUACCUUUUCCGUUUUUAUUGUUAUAUCAAAGUCUUGUAGUUUUUUCCUAUUUGUGUUAAAUUAUAAUUGUCUUCAUUUGUAGCUUCGUUGAUUAAGUCAUUUUUCUUCUGGUUUAUGUUCUGUUAUCUGAUUUGUUUGUUCAUUCUUUACCAUCAUUUUCUGAUUGUUUUUUGAUUGUGGGUUUAGAUUAGAGAUAUGCUCAUUUAUGUCGUCAAAGUUAUUUUUGAUCUCCUUGUGGUUUGAAGCUAUGAUCAUUUGUGUCUGUUGUAGCAUUACAUACAUUUCGUCCUGAAAAGUAUUUGUCUUGUCUUGAAAUGUUGCUUCUGGAGGUCUUUGAUAUUCGAGGCUAGGUCCUUCAGGAGUAAGUAUUAAAUGUGGUUUUCUGUCAUUUUUUGAUAAGUAUGUAAUAUCCAUGUUAUCUCUCCCUUUCAAAUAGUUGUUUAUCAGGGCCAUAGUCUCUAUAAUUAGUCUUAUCAAACCAGCCAAACUCAGAAUCCAAACUGCCCAAUUUUGUAUAGUUCUUAUCUUUAUAUAUUGUUUUUAUAAUCCACUGUAUUUCCAGUUGUCAAGGCAUCAGUAAAAUCAGUAUUUUAUAAUAGUUCUUUUAUUCAGUUGUCAGCCAGUCAAAAUUGCAAUUCAGUUUAUUAAGCCACCUUGAGUCCUUCCUAUAGAUUCCCCCCUAAAAGAUUAGCCCAGAGUCAAAGUUUUUCUUUUUCUGCAAGCAAUUCUUGAAUUUAGACAACAGUCAAAAUAUUUCUUUUCCUUCAGACACUUUUUAAUCUUAUGGCUGGCCCAGUAUGUAUUCUUUCCUAGCUCCCAUCAGCUGUCUUCUCGGAGUUAUUAAAGUUCAAGGGAACAAAUUAUUCUUUGUUUCUGGGCAUCUUGCAAAUUUCUGAAUCAGUGUUAUUAAUGUUCUAUGCUAGUUCUCCACUAGGUGUCAGUAGUUGUUUGUUUUCCAGAUUUUUCAAACAAAAAAUUAUUUUAUUAUUAUUAUUAUAGUUUUAUCAAAACCCUUUAUAGUAUAAUCUUAGCAGUUUUUUUAUUUCUAGAUUUAUCCAGACUGUAGUAUUUUAAAUUUGAUUUCAAUAUAUUUCUUUCCCUCUUAAAGGUUAAUUUGCCACUUUGGUCUAUGGGGGAGUGGGGGUAUAGUCCCCUCCCUUCACUUUUAGAGGUUUUCUUACUUUGGGGAUCUUUUCCAAGGACUUAGUUACAGAGCAGAGGAGAGAAGAUCGAUACUCUCACCAGUUCCAAGCAUGCUGUUCACCAUUGUUCUGGUUCAUGCUCUUGGACUUCACUCACAAGUAGCUUGGGCUAGACGCUGAUGUGCAGCUAGCCUUUCUCCUGUUGGGUUAGAGGGCUUCUCCCAGAUCAAACAGAAUGACCGCCGUCAUUCCGUGAUCAUCGAGGCACCCCUCUUUCUUUGUCACUUCUCCAGGGUGACUUCAGACCCAUUUAGGGUUCCCUGGCAGGGCGAAAUCAGCCAUGGGGUGCAGAGCUCUGGAAUCCCGCAGCCAAGCACUAUGGCACAAAAACUGGAAGUCUCCCUACUCCUGCUUUUGAUUGACUUGGUUUCCUACACAGGAAUUUGAAAUGAUGAUAAUCCAUGGAUAUUAGAAUUCCUCCAGUGGCCUUGAUCAGUUUAUGGGCCUUAUAUUGUGCAUAUCUAUUAUAACUUAAAUCUGAUUAUUAUUGGUGCAUCACAUAAAAACAUAUAUCCAUUUAGAUCAAGAAAAAUCAUUCAGUAGUUUUUAUGUUUCCUCUUUUUGUACAUUUGUACAUUUUUGCAGUGUGCCAUAUCCAAGCAACUGGUAGAAUACCUAAUUCUUAAUUGGGUAUUUAGCCUGCAUACAGGCAGAUAUGGAACUUGUCUUCUAAUGCAAAGUAAUGCCUGAACAAGUAUUUUAAGUUAUUUUGGCCUGUCACUGCAGACAGUAAUCAUCUCACACAGCAUGAAGCUGGCGCUUUGGAAGUAGGACUUUGUUGGCACAGUGGACUGCUGGAAAAGAAAGCAAUCAGUGACCUUUCUGUAUUCUCUUUCUCAGCUUUAUCCUUAAAAUAAUAUUUGCCUCUAUUGAAACCCUUGGCAUGAAAAGCGGACAAAUGUUUAAAUCAUUGGCUCCCUAGGUACAAUAUAGAUAAUAAUAAUAUGACUUAAAAUUGUGUCAUUGGGAAGUUCUGCCUCUGAACCUAAUAUGCAUAUGUUUGAGCAAAGGAAACAGGUCUCUCUAUAAUAUCUUGUCAAUAAACUUAGAUGCCAUCUUCCAAAGUUGGCCUUUACUCACUUGUGUCAAACAGUUUUUGAACUGCACAGAUGCUUCUGUUUCAGGACUUCCCAUUUCUGCUUGAUAAACAAAUCAUCUAGAAUGUAAUGAGCUGAUGGUUGAAUUGAUGCUAUACAGGUAGCCAAUUAUAGGUCAAAUUGCUUGAAAAGAUCAAAGAAUGAUAAAAAUUGGAAGGAGUUAUUUAAACUAUCAGCAUUCAAUGCAGGGAAUGAUGGUCACUGAUCUAGCAUUUUAUUUAACAUUACCUCUGUAAUAUACAUUACACCAUGAACUAGACCAAAAAAAAGAGUGAGCCUUAUUGUUGGCAGUCUAUAUUGAUUACUCUGUUAAUAACUAUGUUAUCUGUUGUUCAGAAAAGAGCUAUUAUAGUCAAAGAGAAAGAUCCUGGACUGUUAAUAUUCUCAGUGAGAAAAAGAUGUGUCCACUAAGGCUUCUUCAUAUUUUUCAUAGUAAAUCCAAGUUAUUCAGGGCUGUUACUGAUUUACUCUGCUUCCCCAGAAAGCCCAGUUAAAUUAACCUAAUGAAUGGAUAGGAAGGACAUAUGCUUAAUGAUUCUGGAUAUUCAUUGAAAAGAUAAAGCAAAAUAUUUUGAUUCUAUAUACAGAAUUUUAAGCACUUCUGGGAAUGAAUCAAUUCAGCCUUGUGAGUCCUUCAGCACAAGCUUAGGUGAAAAUAUUGUUCUCAUGGGUAUGACCUUUUGAAUUGAUACAUGUACAGACAUGUUUAUAUGUACUAUUACAAAGGCAAGAAUGAGAGAAUCUAAGAGGUGUGGCACAUAUACAGUAAACUUAUGUACUAUAUUUCUAGAUGUGGGAAUAUCUAUUUCAAGGGAGAAAAUUAGCUCAAGAACACAAAUGUAGCAGAAUAUUUUAAUAUUAUUCUGCUAAUAUUCUGCAAGUAAGAGCAGAAUAAGUAUUACAAGUGUUAUUUAUAAUGAACAUUGUAUAAGGAGAAAAAUAUCCAAAUGCAUCUACCAAAUGGAUUGUUUCAAUGCUUGGAAAUUUCAUUCACAGUUUAAAAGUUGUUACCUGCUUAAAGAAUUCAGUCAAAUUGAUUCUAAAUGAUAAAGAUAUCAGUAAAAUAAGUAUUCACUUGCACAUGAUUGAGCAAGGAUUUUUGGUUUUAGAUUUUGCAUGUAUGUGCUACAGCAUGUUAUAGCAUGGAAAAAUAUAUCUGGCUGUUAUGGGAACAGAAGGGCAGGAAGACAGUUGAAGAAGUGCUAUUGUUUUGAGAAAACAGAUGCCAUGUCAUUAUAAGAAAAACUGGAGGUCUAGAAGGAAAACUAAAUAUUGAAACUGAAGAAAGCUGAAGAAAAAUAGGUAUCAAAGUCAGAGUGGCUGAAAAAUGACAGGCACAAAACAAGAGAAGACGAUAAGGAAGGAAAUCAAAGAACUGAGAAGUAGAAGGGACAAAAGAGGCUGAAGAGAUACUAGUAUAUUGGGGCGCUAGGCACAAGGGUGAUCUGUGAUAACAUACCAGGAUUAGUCAAUAAACAGCGGCACUUGUGCCAGAGUUACCCAGAUAUCAUGCAAUCCAUAGGGGAAGGAGCUAAAGAGUGGAUUCGGGAAUGCCAGCAUCAAUUCCGUCACCAUCGUUGGAACUGCAGCACUUUGGACAGAGACCACACCGUUUUUGGCAGAGUCAUGCUCCGAAGUAGUAGAGAAGCAGCCUUCGUGUAUGCAAUCUCCUCAGCUGGAGUUGUAUAUGCCAUCACCCGGGCCUGCAGCCAAGGAGAGCUAAAAGCCUGCAACUGUGACCCCCAUAAGCGGGGCCGCUCAAAGGAUGAGAGAGGGGACUUUGACUGGGGAGGCUGCAGUGACAACAUCAAUUAUGGCAUAAAGUUUGCAAAGGACUUUGUGGAUGCCAAAGAGAAAACAGUGAAAGAUGCCCGUGCUUUAAUGAAUCUGCAUAACAAUCGUUGUGGCAGAACGGCUGUGAAGCGUUUCCUGAAACUAGAAUGCAAAUGUCAUGGUGUCAGUGGUUCCUGCACGUUAAGGACUUGCUGGCUGGCAAUGUCAGACUUCCGCAAAACUGGAGAUUACCUCCGGAAAAAAUACAAUGGUGCCAUCCAAGUGACUAUGACCCAAGAUGGCUCCGGAUUUACUGUGGCCAAUAAGAACUUCCGAAAGCCCACAAAAACUGACCUUGUGUAUUUUGAGAACUCUCCUGAUUAUUGUGUGAUGGAUAAAUCUGCAGGUUCACUAGGCACUGCUGGUCGUGUAUGCAACAAGGUAUCACGUGGGACUGAUGGAUGUGAAGUCAUGUGUUGUGGCAGAGGUUAUGAUACCACUCAAGUAACUCGAGUCACUAAAUGUGAGUGCAAAUUCCAUUGGUGUUGCGCUGUUCGCUGCAAGGAAUGUGAAGACACUGUAGAUAUUCACACGUGUAAAGCACCAAAGCGUGCAGAAUGGAUUGACCAAACCUGAGACAGUGCUGGACAGAUCCAGAAAAGGAAAGUAAAGCUGGUGCUGUGCCAUCUGUGGGCCUGAGAAUUCUGGGAGUUGUAGUUCAACUGCAUGGCAUUUAUUUAACUCAUUCUCAAAAAUAAAGAGAAGACUAUAUUUCCCAACGGGUAUUAGUGGGCUCCUUUGCUCACCAAGCAGAUUUUCACACCCCUACUUUAAAAAAAAAAACAAAUUAGCAAAUGACAGUGAACUGUGCAGCUUUCUCUACUUGGUAUUACUGUCCCAAAAUAGGAGAGUGAAAUUGCUGAUAAACAUAGGACGCUAAGAAUCAGGCUAUGAUUUAGUGCCUCAUUCUAAAAAAAACAAAACGUUUACACAGUAAUCUAUAAAUAUCAUAUGCACCCAAAAGUAGAGAAAACAACCACAAUUAUUCUAUCCAAUCUGGAAUAAGCAUAUUAUUUUCAUCUUUCAAACAGAGGUUACCAUGCCUGCAUUAUGGACAUCAGUUGAAAAAGAGCAACUUUGUGUAAAGUGACAUUCAUUAUAUUCUCUCUCCAACUGAAAUUAAACAAUGGAAUUAUAAAAUUGUUUGCAAGAAGAAAAUCAAUUCUACAGAGAGGGCAGAAUAAAAAAGGUGAAAGAAAGUUGAGAAUAUGUGUAUGUGUCUGGAAAAGUUGUAGGCUCUAAAAGAAGCUAAUAUAAUAUUUGUUUAAAAUAAAUCCACUUGUUAUAUGCAUUGCUUUAAAUACUUCAGAAAAACAACAUAAAAAGUACUAUCGGAAAAUUAUUCUCUUGGAUUUGGUGAAUUUCUGCACUUAUGAUCAUUUGUGAUUAAUUGGGUAAGUGAUGGAUAAGUCUAAUUCUUCGUUAUUGUUUCAACUCUGUAAACUCUGUGGUUUUUGACACUGAAUCAAAGCAACAUUCUUGAAAAAUAGGACAUCAUUAUAACUUCAAAAUAACAACAAAUAUCUGCAAUCAUAAUUUUUUAACUUUUCUUUUCUUUUUUUUUCUUUUUUUCCCCAUGUCUCAUUAUGGCCAUUCUGAAAUUCUAUCUUUUCCCAGAGCCCAACAUGCUGUGUUUGGGCCUCCACUAAGCUUAUCAUGUACAAUCACUAUCAUAUCCUCAGCUUCUUUUUGCUUCUAAAUGCUUUGGAAUGGAACAAAACAAAAUGAGCCAGAAAAUUAAAUCUCUGGUCCGGGUGACCAACCAGAUUGGAUCCUGCAAAAAAAAAAAAAAAAACAGUCUUCAACAUUAUUUUCACAUUACUUUGGACAUCUCACAAAAGCACACAAAAAUCUUUGGUCCAGCUCAAAUUGCCGGCCCAUGGGCCGGUUGCAUCAUAUGGAGGCUGCAGCCACCCUAGCUCAGGCAAUGCAAAAAAAGCCAUGACACGUCACGACAUGUCAUGUGAUGCGGCGAGUUUGACACCCUUGGUCCAGCUGCUCUAGAAUUCAGCAGUAUGCAGACUUUUGAAUGUCCCAUAGUUCAUCCAAGUAACACCACUGCUGGAUGAGUUUCACUGAGUUUUAAUUGCUUUCUGGGUGCAAUUCAAGUGCUGGUUAUCACUUUUGAAGUCCUACAUAGCACAGAGCCAGGUUACUUGUGGGACCACCUCUCCCUGAGGAUAUCUGCCUGUCCUAUUAAGUUAGAUAGAUGAGCGCAACCCAGAUCUCUUCCCUUAAUAUUACCACUUGAUGGGACUUUGGACCUGCACCUUCUCAAUAGCUACUCCAGCCCCAUGGGACAUCCUCACACCUGAAAUUUGAGGGAUCUCUUCCCUUUUAGCCUUCUGGAGGACUAUAAAAGACCUGGUUCUUCCUGCAGUCAUUGUAGUAGGAUAAGGUUGAUCUGUUGAGAUGUUUAGUCUGGCACUGAUGGGGGAGGGUAUUUUUAUCAUUAUAUGAGAUAGGCAACCAUAUAAGUCCUGUAAAUAAAUAAAUAAACUCUAAUCUAAGACAGGAUUUGACUCCUUUGGGUCAGCUAUUGACUUAUGACCUAUAAAUUUUGAUCAUUCAGGUGAUACAAGAGUUUUUGUCCAGACUCUUCUGUUCAUCCAACCUGUAGAUGCACUGGUAAAAAAUAUAUGUUUGGAAAUUAUUAAAGCCCUUAGCUAUAAAAGUAUUUAUGAAAGAAACUGUACUAUGUUGACUUCAACUCUAUAACAGAACUCAGAAUUUUAAAAUCCAUUCAGCUUCAUCACAUUGCUAAUUAAUUAUUUUAAAGCACUAUGGCACUCCCAUCUCAAUUUUAUUAGGAUACUACAAAAUAUUUGAAAAAGUGCUUCCUUUCUUUUGCCAAUGCCAUGUGUAUACAAAUGUCCUGGAAAUGUCCUUGAUACAGCAGUGCUAAAAACUCCUUAUUUCAGCAUUUACAGGGACAUCAAAUUUAGCUAAAAGUUUUGUUAUAUAUUUACCCAGGCAGGACACAAUAGAGCCACAGUAGACUAAAUGAAUCUGUAUACCUCUGUUAAGAAGCAAGUAUCAAUGGAAAAUAUUCCUAAGCAAAAUGUGUACAACAUUAUAUCUUACUUCAGGUAACAUACGGUAAUUCUAGAUAGUGUUAAUAACAUUAGAUGAUACAAAAUAUUCAACCAUUUGUAUAACGUUACAGUUUUAAUCUAUAGCAUUUCCAAGCAGGUCUACAAAAGGCAAUUGAAACCCUGGAGAGCAACUGCCUAUUAUGAUGAGUCCUGGGCUAGAUAGGCCUGUCAUCUAGCAGAGGCUAAGACUGUUUUCUAUGUACUAAUUCCCUACUUUCAAAUGGCUGCUUUUUCUCAGAAGCAAGAGGAUUGGAGAUAAUAGCUUUAUAGAACCAAAACAAUCCAGAAUUUAGAGAAAAGUUUUUUCUCCUGCCUGGAAACAGUAUCUAAAAUCAACAGUGGAUUGACCUUAAUGAAAAUUAUCAGCACUGUUAACUUCUCUGGUGCACUGGUUAGUAAAGAAAAUGUAUGCUUAUUUAUGGCUCCACAUUUUAAUCUGAAAAGAAGUUUUCCCAUCUUCUGGAAGAUAGUUUAUAUAUAUCUUUAGGAGACAUAAAUGUAAAAAGACAAUGAUUCUUUGGCAAAAUAGCAAACCUUGUAUUUUUCAAGGUGCUGCAGCAGCUGUAGCUGUUCUCACUGUUCAAAUUGAAAACAAAAGGAUCAUUUGGUAAAUUAUUGCCAGACAAGAAUGAUUAAAUGGCAACUGUAUAUAAAACAGGCUUCCUAUAUGUGCUCCCCUUUUAAAUCUCUUUUUUAACAAUUAGGAAAAGGGAUUAUCAUUAGAUCAUCUCUUAUCUUAUGAAAUGGUCUACUGAAAGGCUGUCAAAGCUAUUGUGUGCUUGUAAAGGGAUGCUCACAAGAAUGGAAUAGGUCUAAGAAAUGAUAAGAAUGUCAUACAGGUUUCCAGUAUAUAUUACAGAAAAUGGCAGAAGACCUGAGAACAUUCUCUGCUUCCAUAGCAACAAGCAGCAAAACUUUGAAAAUGCCCUAUCUUUGCAAGGUCAUAAUUCAUAUUCUUUUAUAGUAUUGUAUUGGUAUAGUUUGCUAUUCAUCUAUGAAAUCUUUGAUUAUGAGACUGCAUCAGGCAGUAUGAAGAAGAUGGAGUUUGGUAUGUUAAAAAAGAGAAGAAAGUAUCAGUCUUGCAUUUUUAUAUUCAAAGGCUUUCUCAUAUUUAUAUUCACUCUGAGUAAUACUGCCUUUAAAAUUCCUUGGCCUAUUUUUAUCAUGUUUUCAUUGGACUCUGUAAUACAUUUCUGCAUUCUAUGGUUGAUAUUUCAAAACUGUUCUUCACCUGUCCUGCUUAUCUUUGUUUGUCUGACUUAUGCAUAAUAAUAUUUUAUAUUUUA